AUGGAUCUUCCAACAGCAAGCUUCUCCUUUGUCCUUCCAUCUGUUUACGAUGGCAACAAACUCGAAUGCCGCAUUUACCUCCCGCCCGCGCUCAAAAAUAUAGAAUCACCAACAACCUGGUCCAACCGCGGUGCCAUUGUCGCGCACCCAUACGCAACUCUAGGAGGAUGCUACGAUGAUCCAGUCGUCGAUUUCAUUGGCAGUGAGCUUAUACAAGCUGGCUGCAUCCUGGGAACCUUCAACUUUCGUGGAGCGGGUAACUCCCAAGGACGAACAAGCUGGACUGCAAAGCCCGAGCUUGGUGACUAUGUGUCGUUCUACGGGUUCAUGUUGCAAUAUCUGCACUUUCUCAAGCUCGUAUUGGCCUCGAGGGAACAAGUCGACCCUUCAAAGCCUCAAAAAGCCAUCGACGGAGUAGGAAAUAGCUCAGAUAUUUGUCUUAUCCUCGGUGGAUAUUCAUAUGGGUCUUUGAUUGCGUCACAUGUACCGACCCUUGAUACCAUGCUCGGCCUUUUCCAAUUCACGCCAACGACAACCUCUACAAAUAGGGCCACACCCAUACACGAGAUUAGGAACACAGCAAAACGGAUAGCCGCAUUGUCCCUGGAGAGACUUCAAAUAAGUCACAGUCUGGCCGACGAUCCAGACCUCGGUGCAUUGACGACAUCUAUCUCCUAUCUUCUCGUGUCUCCGCUCUUGCCCCCGAUUAGCCAAUUCCUGACAGCAUUCUCGACUUUAUCGCUGAAUCUCAAAACAGAGACCCCUAACGGCCCCCACAUCCCCUGCCCGCGUCCAGCAGAUCAGCAGAGCACGCAUAAUACUCUGGCACUGUUUGGGGACCAGGAUACCUUCACAUCUACUGGGAAACUGCAGAGAUGGUCAGAUAAAAUGGUGAAUAUGGAACGCAGUAAGUUCCAGUUUCGGAUGAUUGAUGGCGCGGGCCACUUCUGGCGUGAGAAUGGAGUCGAGGUGCGAGCAAGACAUGCACUGAAAGAGUGGCUCUGUCAGAUAUGA